AUUCCGCCCGAUAUGGAAUCGUCAACGGAGCACGAGAUCCGUCGUCUGAAGGAACGCGUGGAUGUCCUCGAGAAUCGGGUGGAGCAAAUGAUGGCUGCCAUUGUCCACUUACAAGAACGACCCCACAACGUGAGCAUGAUGAAUUCGAGCAUCGCAAGCUCUCCCUGUCCAGACUCUCGCCUUCCUAGCAACGGCAAUCCACAACGUGCAUCCUCCUCCGCCGCACCGCACCAUGUCUCCAGCACACCCCAAGGCGACAGCACGCACGACCCAAUACCCUCCUCGCGCACACUUCAAGGCGACAGCACCUACAACCCAACACCCUCCUCGCGCACACUUCAUAGCGACAGCACCUACAACCCAACACCCUCCUCAUCCACCAUAUCCCAAGGCGACGACACCACCGAGGCCGAGGAAAACACUUCGCCGGAGCGCGCUCUUCCUACAUCGACGCCGCCUCACGCCCUUGCGCGGGUGAUGCAAAGCCGAGACAUGAUAAAUGCAGAUGGGAAGAGUAGCAGUCCAGUUCGUGAGAAUUGAUGGAGGCUUUU